ACACGACGGCGCGCGUGUGAACAGCUUGAAUGUCCGCCUGCCCGCGACGGGCUGCACGCCGCGCAGCCCGCCAGGCAGCCCGCCGGGUUGCGCGGCGCGCGUGUGAACGUAGCAUAAGAUUGGCCGAUUGCGAUAAAAACCAUAGAAAGAAGAAUAAUAACCAUAACCUCAAAGUCGAAGUUUUAGUUCAAAUGUCAUUUAGUUGUUCAAAUGUCAUUGUCAUUUACUUUGUUUGGAUUACACACAUCAUGCCGAAAAUCCCGAAUCUCCGUGCAUUUGGUAAACAUUGUCACAAUUGUGGAAAGUGGAUGGAGCGAAGGGCUCUUCGUAAAGAUGGUGUGUAGUAUUUUAGUAGUGACAUGCAAUUUUUGUAAUGGCAAAAUAUUUGCACGAGAUGGCAAACAAAAGCAAAUGUGCAGUCGAUGUGUGGAAUGCGACAACAUUAUACUCGAUAAUUUCAAUUAUUGCGAGUGCUGUAGCUGUAAAAUGAAAAAUAAUACUUAUUACCAGAUAGAGAUGUCGAUAACGAAGAGUUGAAUGUUAGAACUUAUGAAAAUAUUAUUUACAACUCAUUUCGAGAAGCUGCUCAAGCAAGAGGGCUCCUUUUUGACGAUCAAGAAUGGGAAAGAUGUUUGAAUGAAGCAAUUGAUUUUAAACUUCCUCGGCAAUUAUUUCGAGUUCGAAGAUUCGAUGAUGUAAAAAUUCAAAUUAUCAAUACCACUGAACAAGGCUUCAAAGGUGAUAAAUAUUUAUCGAAAAAUGUUAUAUAUAGAGAAAUUUUGUGAUAAUCAACCUCUGAUGUAUAAUAGAGAAUAUUUUUUUAUAAGUACCUUUGCCAAAUUCUCGGAUAAGUACUCAUUGUAAAAUUACAAUUUACAUACCUA